UCAGGGCACUCUGUGCAUUAGAGCUGGAGAUGUCUGCUCAAGUUAAACCUAUGACUUCUUUCCUCAUAGAGGAUAUUCUAGCGCUCAAGGACCACACAGAAUUUAAAAACAAAUGGUGCUUACCAAAGACAGAGAGAUGUUCACAGUGGACAGAGGAGCAGAUAUCAGAGGAUUGUAACUCAGACAGCACCAGUGAGAUGCAAACAGACCUCAUGGAGGUCCGCUGUCCGAGCUCCUCUGAGGUGUCCAGCCCCUCUCCUGAUGGCAGACAGAAGCGCUCUAGAGCGGCAUUCACUCACCUUCAAGUGAUGGAGCUGGAGAAGAAGUUCCACCAUCAGAAAUACCUGUCUGCCCCAGAGAGGGCUCACUUAGCCAGUGCUCUGAGACUAACUGAGACCCAGGUGAAAAUUUGGUUUCAGAACCGCAGGUACAAGACCAAGCGCAAGCAGCAAACUGACUUUUCAAGAGAAAUGUGUAAAGUUGACGAGAUGCUCCAGAGAGACAAUUUGGUGAGAGCUACUCUGCUCACAUCUUUCGGCAAAACCUAUCACUGCAGUCCAUACCCUUGGGACUAUGGUGGCCCAUGGGGCCUAACGUUAUUGUAGAAAUUCAUUUUUAUUUUGUGGUAAAACAAUUAUAUUAUCUUAUCGUGACUUAAUUGAA